AUGGAAGUUCUGAUGCUCGGUUGUCUCAUUCAAAUUACUACUUUGGUAUCUGUGAAAAUGGUGGAAAAUCCUGUGAAUCUGAGAGAGAAGAGAUCUAUUGUGUGCGCUCUUUCUACAGUGCUUUUUACAGGCACUGUUCGAGAAGAAGCUCAUGUUCCGACAAAGAAUGAAGUUGGUCGAUUAUCACAGUCUCCUCAAUCGGGUCAAGAAUCUGACUACUUCGGUAAUUCUGUUCGCGAAAAUCUUCGUACCCCUGUGGAGGAAUCCUACAAGGUUCAAGAGCUGGAUCGUGACGGUGCUAUUGGGAAAAAUGGACAAAUUCGCAGCACUCUUGCCGAUAGUCAGCGCGUCAUUGAGUAUGAUCCUGGAAGACGUUCAUCUAAGUGUGUGGAGAAGCUACUUGAACUCGAAGACGUCACCGAUGAGGAGGAUGUCCAGAUGACAAAACUAGACAAACCAGCUGUUCGUGUUGUGAAACGAGUGGCAGAUACUAAUGGAAUUAGCUUGGAAAAUGAUCACAACAGUUCAUUUUCCGUCCACUCACAAAUUGUGAUGGGAGGAAGUCAACGUUCUGAAUCUGAGUCGAAUAAAGUGGUGUUGCAAGAUCAAGUUGGGGCUGCUGUUGAUGCAAAGAGAUCUUCGGAAAACAAUUCUACCAGUUCUACUUCAUCAACAGAGUUGAGGUCGGCUAACAAAAAGUAUGAGGAUUGUCCGCAAGCAUCCACGCCUGCAGAAAACGUUUGGGCUAAGCGUCAAGAGGAAAGGGAGUCGCAAGAAAAGGAAAAACAUCCUCGAAUGCCGAAGGUAAUGCAGCAAGCCAUUGAACAACAUUUUCCGUCGGUUUCUGAAGCAGCUUCAAUCAAAAUCGACAAGGACGCUGCUCGACGAGCCGCAGAUUCUGAUUUUGCUCGAGUUGCUUUACGUGCCAGGCGUCAACAAGGAAGUAAUGACGUACGCCAACUUAUGGCUUCUGACGAAUUGUAUCUACGUCGAACAGCAACUCGAGAGCAGCGUCAGGACACGUCAUGCGAACAUCGUGGAGCUGGUUCUGGUCGACUGCUCCAGAAAGAGGAGCGAUAUCUUGACUCCUAUGGGGAAUCACAUGGGGAGCGCUGGAUUAGAAAUAGGAAUAUGAUUCCUCAGCGUGUUCCAAAUAAUAUACAAUCUGAUAUAAUGGUAGACAAGGAGAGUCAUGAUUCUUCUGCACAUUCAUAUCGCGACCAUACUCUAUAUGGAACAGGUGGCCGUCGCUCAACUGCAGGACGUGGGAGAGGUGCCCGAAAUCACUCUCGUAAUAUCGUGUUUGUGCAACCUCAAAUUCUUCGCCGUUCAUCGGAAUGUAAACGAAUGGUUGGUAAAGAGGCCGAGUCAACCCGUGAUGAAAACACUGCUCAGUCGUUGUCGAAUGUCGACAAUGACCCUUCUGGAGAGAAACAAAAUUUUGGUGCUGUUGGCGAGAAAUCUGUCGUAAUAGAAAAGCCAGAUGCUGAUAAUGUUGCAAUGAAGAAAAAUACCACUAAGUCAGUUGACAACAACGUGGAUAACGUUUCGCAUCAUGGACGUGAUGAAAACGGAGAUUCAUGCCAGGUAUCAUCGCAACGCGAAGUAAACAACGACCGCCGGCCGACUAACAGAUGGCAAAAUCGCUCUAUGGCACAGCGUGGGUUUGCUCGAAGAGGAAGAGGACAACAUUUUAACAAAUCUGAUAAUUCGGAGAACCAUGCGCAGAGCCGUGUGCGUGGGACUAACGUUAAAGGAAGUGACGAAUUAGGUGCAGUGACCCAUGUUAAAGGAAGAAAUAGUUAUCAGCAACAACGGAAUCGGCGAAAAUUCGACACUGACGAAAAACCACGAAUUUCCAUGAAGACGGUAGUAGGCCAGGAACGAGUCGACCGAUUGCGCAGCCCAGUGGUUUCAAGCGAGGGAUAUGACGAAUGGGAAACAGCCAGCGAAAGCAGCACACGUGCUCCACGUGAAGACCACUCAGAGGAAGUAAUGGCUUCCAAACGCGUCCGUCAGAACAGGUCCCAUUUGGGAGCGGUGCCCAGUUCAAAUAUUCGUCGAAAUGCGCAUCGUGCCAUAAAUCAAAAUGCACUUCAUCAAGAGCCAAGUAGUGCGUCCUCUUCGACAGCUGAACGUUUGCGUGGAUCAAAAAACGUCCAACCCGCCAGCCGUACGUGCCAAUCCCCCUCCGGAAGUUGCAACAACAGCAACAACACAGUCGCCACGAAUCCCACUAGCAACAAUAGGGAGUGCAACUGUAGAGUAAAGGAUGGCCAAAGUAUUGAUAAGAACUUAGCGGACGGUCUGGCGGGUCUCGACAUCAACAAUAUCGCAAGUGUUGUGGUUAUUGACGAUCAUCUAGUUGACGCAACAACCGUGGAUGCCAGCGAGGAGUUUGAGGAGGUUUUAAACAAACGUGCAAAGAAACAAAAAGCUUUGGAACUGCAAGCAAAAAUGGAAGCCGAGGAGAGGCGUAAAACGAAAGAGAAAGAGCGGCAAGCACGUGCACAAGCUAAGAGACUCGCUCGUCAAAACAAUGCAAAGAAAGAUAAGAAAGAGGAAGCCAAAAAAGAACUUAAGAAAGAUAUGGGGACCUGGACGAGCGCAUCGGAACGGAAUGUUGUAGAAGAAGGGAAGAAGAGUCGCAGAUCAGCUUUAGUGGAGGAAGAUACGGCGACGAUCGAAAUUACAGAAACUAUUAAGGAAAAAGAACCUGAAGCUUCACAGUCUGAAAAGAGCAUGCCCGUCAAGACGGUAUGGAACAGUGCACAUGUUGCCGAACAAAAGGAGUCAUUGGAUGGUACACCUUCCAUUAUUCCGUCACCCAUUGCGAGACCCACUCCUCGUUCUAAGUCUGCCGCCUCCGAUGUUCCUCCAAGCUUCCAGGACAUAGUCAGGAGGCAAAUUGUGGAGCUUCCUGUUUCUUUAUCUUCUAGUCAACCCUUACGUGGUGAUAAAUAUGACUUCACAUUUGAUCCACGACUACAUGAGGAGCAGGUUUCAAACGAGAAAGUUCUUGCUCCGCUGUCUACCGCUGCAAGUUCUGAAGCAGGGAGUACGACGGAAGAUUUCCGACUAAAGGAAAAGCUGUAUAAAGUAAAGGAGCUAUGGUCUGGAGAAGAGAAAGAAGCAGAAUCAAGUUUGCCUUCAAACGUGGCGAAAGUUAAGCCUCAACCGCAGUCUGGCGCGGAACAUGGACAAAAUGAUGGGAAACACACAAUGAACGUUGCAGUUGGCUGCCACAAUGUUCCACCAAAAAGCCCUGGUAUAGCACCUUUUCCGUCUGGUUUGGGUGGACUGAUGUUCUCACCAUAUCCUGUAAUGUUUGGAGACAUGUCUGUUGGACGAGGCUACACUUCCGUUGGUUCAGUAGUCCAACCACUAAUUCCUCCUUCAAAUGCAUCAAGCCCUCCAGUCUGUCCACCAGUUUAUCAACAGCCUCCUUCACUCUCGAACAACGGGGCAAUAAGCCAGCGUCAACUUCCUAUUCGUUCUAACUACAUAGAUCAAAAUACCAUUUUUCCAACCAAUACGUCGCAAAAUAUGUCUUGGAACAAUGGGAUGUUGGACAGUGUUGGCAAUGCUGCUGUUCCUGCCACUCCACAACAUCCGUCUGGUCAUCUUUCUUCGGCAAUGCAACCGUCGUCCCACAAUAUGGCUCUUCAACAUCGAAAUCCUUUGCCACCUGCUGUGUUACAGACCCAUUCGCAGUCGCUUGCGCGAGGCUACGGUGUUAAUAUUUCGUCUAUGCCGCCCAGUGGUGCACAUAUGCCUCCACCUAGUGGAGCUGCUGCUGGUAGCAUUGUACCUCCUCCGAUCCCUCCACCGGAAUUGAUGAAUAUGCCACCACCUGUUGGUAAUCAACGUGUUACUUCGUUUACCAUUCAGUACGCUGGCUUCGCACCUCCACCUCUCACCCAUCCUGUACAUUCUACGCAUAAUUUUAACCAGCCUCCUCCAAAUGUCAGAUAUGCUCAGCCACCGCCUACACUACAUCAGGAUGCUCAGUGGGAAAGAGGGCUAACAAUUUCUGCGGGAAUGCGACCGCAAUUCACUAUGCUCGCAGGCAAUUCCCCUCAACAAAUGAACCUCGUUCGGCCCAACCAACAUGCGAAUAAGUGGGGGAUUGCUGGCAACAGUCCAAACAUUUCAUCAUCCUCCCAAAUGAGGCCGAUGAAAGUGCCUCAGUCUUGCGUUGGAAGGGUUCCUUGUGCAAGUGGAGCGGUCAUGGAAAGCAAAUCAUCAUGUGACAUUUCUACUAUGAACACCAGUGUGGGUCAAGGGCACGGAUCUUGA